AUGAGUACAGACCAGCCAGAAUGUUUUUCUGAGAGGAUUGUGCAGCACCAGGAAGAACUUUGGAGCAGGGCUGAAGACAAGUAUUUAGGUGGUUUACAGCACCCUGUGAUAAAGUGCAAUGAAACAGUUUUAUUGGAGCUUUUGCCUAAAUGUGGAAAAGUGUUUGAAAACAGGAUGAAGGCUGUAGAUCCAAACCAGUGGUGCAACCUGACAACAUUCAUCAUGUAUUAUGACAGCUUCUCCAACUGUACAGAAACUACUGCAAAGAAUGCUGACUGCUUCUGGCCAAACAUCUUGGCAGAGAGAUUCAUUACUGGAAUACAUAGACAAUUUUUUUCAAACUGCACUUUGGACACCGUCGCAUGGGAAGAUCCCCCAGAUGACAUUCUCACAACUCUUAUUCUAAUUCCAGUUUUCUUGACAGCAGCUAUGAUCAGCCUAGUGGUUUGGUGCAGUAAAAGAGGUGAUAUUUUUGGAUAAAAAAUUCCUUGGGACUUGGAAAGAAUAGCAAUGAAGCUUCACAUGAAGAUUAUUCAUCCUAAAAUAAUAACAACCAAUAAAAUUUACAUGAAUAUGUGCCUCAUCAACUGCAUAUUUAAUAUUCUAACAGUUACAACAAACAUUAUAAGAGAAUGCCAAAGUUCUUUUACAAACAAAGUAGACUAUUGCUUUUUAUUUCUUGACCUUGGCAUUAACAUUUUCUUCCAUGUUUCAGUUUUCUGCCAUUUAAAAACAAUGUCCCUAAUUUAUACUGUAAAACCACUACUGCUUAUGUACAGCCAAAGUCUGUUGGGUGUGUAAAUUAUUUGAAAUCCCUUAGUAUUA